AUGGAUCCGGAUGGAUCUGGAUGGACUGGAUGGAUCCGGAUGGACUGGAUGGAUCCGGAUGGAUCUGGAUGGACUGGAUGGAUCUGGAUGGACUGGGAUGGAUCCGGAUGGAUGGAUCCGGAUGUACUGGGAAGGAACCGGAUGGAACCGGAUGGAUCCGGAUGGACCGCAUGGACUGGAUGGAUCCGAAUUGACUGGAUGGAUCCGGAUGGACAGGAUGGAUCCAGAUGGAUGGAUCCAGAUGUGGAUGGAUCCGGAUGGACUGGGAUUGAUCCGGAUGGACUGGGAUGGACUGGAUGGAUCCGGAUGGAUCCGGAUGGAUCCAGAUGGACUGGAUGGAUCCAGAUGAACUGGAUGGAUCCAGAUGAACUGGAUGGAUCCGGAUGGACUGGGAUGGAUCCGGAUGGAUCCGGAUGGACUGGAUGGAUCCGGAUGGAAAGCUGCCUAUCAAGAGGUGGAGACAAAUCACAAUGCCUGCCUGUGCCAAAAGCUCAGAUGGUGGACAGUUGGAGUGAUGAAAGGCCAAGCUGUCUGCUCCUAGGUUGA